AUGCGGGUUCUAUGUUUACAUGGCCACGGGACCUCGUCCGAUAUCUUCGAGACGCAAUUGAGCGCCAUCCGAAACCUCCUCGACGAGUCAGUCGAAUAUGUCUACAUCGAUGGGCCUGUUGAGAGUGACCGAGUCCGAGGCAAGUUAGCCCAUAUACUAUACAAGAAUUUCCCACUGACAAUGGUCCGAGCAGGAAUGAGUGAGAUGGUCCCCGGCCCAUUUUUCGGCUGGUUUUCGGGCUUUUCGCCAGCCCAGAUUAAGGAAACGCAUGCUCUCGUGGCUGAGGCGCUAGAGGAAGAUGGUCCAUUCGAUGCUAUCUUCGGCUUCAGCCAAGGCGCUACCCUCGCCCUCUGUUACCUUCUGGAACACCAGAUCAGGCACCCUGAUCAGCCGCCACCGGUGCAUUUUGCCGUCUUAUUCUCCUGCGCGGGCCCGGCCUUUUCGUCUGACACGAACCUUGCUCGAGAUAUCAUCCAUUCACUGGCGCCGGAGGAUUUUGAACGUCUGCGUGUGGCUGAAGUGGAAAGUCAUACUGAAGCCAAAGAUGCCUUCUUGGCAACUAUGCGCACGGCCCUGCAGCUCGGGGGCGACAAUGGCUUUGUUGUUCCGGCAGACGAAAUUGACCAAUGGGAGCGAGUAUCUAGCUCCACUCGGGAACAACUAAUGACCCGCGUCUUCCAUCCCUCGUUGACGGCGACGCGAGUCAAGAUCCCUACCAUCCACGUGCUGGGCGACAGUGAUACUGCAGAUGUGCUCGAACAGGCGGAGCUGUGUCGUGGUCUCUGUGAUCCCCGCUCGGUGGAGAGAGUGGCGCAUUCGGCAGCCCACGAUGUGCCCCGAAAACCCGACGAGGCUCGGCAAGUGGCCGAAGCAAUUCGUGCGGCUGAGGCGGAGGCUUGUCUGAUGAUUUAUUAA